AUGUUAAGUUUUGAAAAACUACGUUUUCUUAUUGUUAAAAUAGGCACGGAAAUAGAUUCAACUGUUUGUAGUUUACCUAAACAAAAAUUAUUUGAUAACACAUGUCAAUAUUUAACAAUUCAUGUUUCAGCUGUUGUUGAUGUUAAUCAUUUGUGGAUACAACGUCUUGAUCGAGAAACAAAUAUUCAGCUGAAACAAAUUAAUGAUCUUCUUUCAAAACUAUUAAUUCGAUUAUUAUCAAGAUCAAUCGCAUUGGAAUGA